UUCGUGACUAUGUUCACUCCAUCCCUGAUCUCGUCCUCAUGCUGACUGCUGAUGAAAUCUUCAGAAAGUGUCUGCACUUAAUUAGGAAAACGCGUGUAUUUAGAGUGAUUGACUAACUUGAAGACACACCUAUAUCAGACAUAGCAAAACCAUAGCAACCACAUAGCAACGAUCAGACAUAGCAAAACCAUAGCAACCACAUAACAACGAUUAUGUCAGGAGAAAAGAAAGGAACAGUUGUGCUUGCAUAUAGCGGGGGCCUUGAUACGUCAUGUAUACUUGUCUGGCUGAUGGAACAGGGCUACGAUGUCAUAGCUUUCAUGGCAAAUGUUGGUCAAGAUGAGGACUUUGAAGCUGCCAGAGUGAAGGCUGACAAACUUGGAGCCAAGAAGGUUGAGAUAGUUGACUGCCAGAAGGAGUUUGUGGAGGAGUACAUCUGGCCUGGUGUCCAAGCUAAUGCCCUUUAUGAGGACAGGUACCAACUAGGAACAGCCUUCGCAAGACCUGUCAUAGCUAAGAUGCUUAUUGAUGUUUGCCACCAGAACAAUGCAGGAUUUGUAUCCCAUGGUGCAACAGGCAAAGGCAAUGAUCAGAUUAGAUUUGAGUUGGCCUGCUAUGCCUUAGAGCCAAAGAUACAGAUUAUUGCUCCAUGGCGGAUGCCAGAGUUCUUCAAUCGCUUCAAAGGUCGCUCAGAUUUAUUGGAGUAUGCCAAGGCUCACGGCAUCAUGGUCUCCUCUACCCCCAAAGCUCCAUGGAGCAUGGAUGCGAACAUGAUGCAUAUAAGUUAUGAGUCUGGUAUUCUUGAAGACCCCAAGACUCAUGCUCCGGAUGAUAUAUGUGAGAUGACCACUAACCCAAUUAAUGCUCCAGAUAAACCAGAGAAACUAGAAAUACAAUUUAAAAAUGGUGUACCUACAAGGGUAAAGAACUUGGAUGACGGGACUGAGAAAACUGUUCCACUUGAUCUCUUCCGCUAUCUUAAUGCAGUCGGCUCUAAACAUGGUGUAGGGAGGAUUGAUAUUGUUGAAAAUAGGUUCAUUGGAAUGAAAUCAAGGGGUGUAUAUGAGAGUCCUGGAGCCAACAUUCUUCUCCAUGCUCAUCUGGAUAUAGAAACGUUCACUAUGGACAGGGAGGUUAGGCGAAUCAAGCAAGGGCUUUCAAUCCAAUUCUCAGACCAAGUUUACAGAGGUUUCUGGUUUAGUCCUGAGUGUGAGUUCACUCGCAGCUGUAUUGCCCGCAGCCAAGAGGGAGUCGAAGGCACUGUAGUGGUUCAGGUCUAUAAGGGACAUGUUUACAUUCUAGGCAGAGAGUCCCCACUCUCACUCUAUAAUGAGGAAUUGGUCAGUAUGGAUGUACAGGGAGACUAUGAUCCCCAGGAUGCUGCUGGCUUUAUAAGAAUCAAUGCACUCAGACUUAAGGAAUAUCAGCGACUUCGAAGUAAACAACUAGGUAAUGGAGACAAGUAGAGACCCCUUAGACCGAAUGAAGCACCUAAGGAUGAUUCAAAAGAUUUUUAAGACUAUAUGUACAUGCACUCUAGUGUACAAAAAAUCGAAUCUAUGCUUAUUUCACAUUGUUAACUGAAAGUUGACCUAAAAUUGUCUUUCUAGUGACAUCUAUUGUCAAGGUAUGUUUUUAGCCCUGUGUAUUAGACGGCUACAUUAACCACACAACUGAGAGUCCAUUUUUUAAAUAUUUAAUUUAAAAAUCAAGUAUACUAUAAUUUAUGUGCCAUAUUAAGUGUAUUAUUCUAAUAGCCCAAUAAGGAGCUACACUGUAAAUAGAAUCCCCAGAUAAGAUCAUGGAAAACAUUUCUUUAAAUAUAUUUUUUGAAGUCUCUAAAUGAAAUUGAACUUAAAACUGAAACCACCUCAAGAUCAAAUCUUGUUAUGGGCAUUUAGGACAUUCAAUAGAAACUACAAUAUUCCUACAUUGUAGAACGAUUUAAUUUAAAUACAUGUACACUGUAUAGCCAAUCUACUGAUGUUAAAUAUUGACAAUAAAAAUUAAUUUAAGAAUACAAUA